AUGAUGAGAGCUUCAGACAAUCAUAGUGAGGAAAUAAAUGUGGAGAAGAUGACACGGGAGCCAACAUCAGAUGACCUUGUUUCAUCUGCUGAAUGUUCAAGUGAUGAUGAAGACUUCAUCGAAUGUGAGCCGAGUACAGGAGGUGAAUUAGUUAUCCCUCUUCUUGUAGAAGACCCUUUAGCUACCCCUCCUAUUGCUACUCGUGCACCUUCCAUUACACUCCCCACUACCUUUCGCCCCCUCCUCACCAUUAUUGAGACCACCAAAGAUUCCCUGUCCAUGACCUCUGAGGCGGGGUUACCUUGCUUGUCGGACCAAGGCAGCGAUGGUUGUGAUGAUGAUGGCUUGGUGAUAUCUGGGUAUGGCUCAGGGGAAACCUUUGACUCUAACCUGCCCCCUACUGAUGAUGAAGAUUUUUACACCACCUUCUCCUUGGUAACAGAUAAGAGUCUUUCCACUUCAAUCUUCGAAGGUGGCUACAAAGCACAUGCGCCCAAGUGGGAAUCCAAGGACUUUAGACCUAACAAAGUCUCCGAAACUAGUAGGACUACUACCACAUCUUUGUCCCCUGAGCUGAUCCGCUUCACAGCUUCCUCCUCGUCUGGGAUGGUGCCCAAAUUGCCAGCUGGCAAAAUGAAUAACCGUGAUCUCAAACCCCAGCCUGAUCUAGUCUUGCUUCCGUUGCCCACUGCCUAUGAGCUAGACAGCACCAAACUGAAGAGCCCACUAAUUACUUCCCCCAUGUUCCGUCAUGUGCCCACAGCAAACCCCACGGAGCCGGGAAUCAGACGGGUCCCGGGGGCCUCAGAGGUGAUCCGGGAGUCGAGCAGCACAACAGGGAUGGUCGUCGGCAUUGUGGCUGCUGCCGCCCUGUGCAUCUUGAUCCUCCUGUACGCCAUGUACAAGUACAGGAACAGGGACGAGGGGUCCUACCAGGUGGACGAGACGCGGAACUACAUCAGCAACUCGGCGCAGAGCAAUGGCACGCUCCUCAAGGAGAAGCAGCAGGGCUCCAAGGGCGGCCACAAGAAGCAGAAAAACAAGGACAGAGAGUACUACGUGUAAGCACGUGAAUUCAAAGCGGAAUUAUUUACACAUCAAUCGAUAACUGCUUGGACCAGGAGAUUUGACAGAUGUCAGAACUGUGACAACUGGGAGAUGGGGUAUACCAUCACUCUGGUGGGGAAAACCAUUUUUAACAGGACACACACAAAGAUGUAUCUAUGUAUACAGUUCAGCCGUGGCUGCUAGGUGUCAGCCGUGGCUCGGAGACAGAAAGUUCUUUCUGCCCUGCUGUAUCAUAAAGCACACACUGAAUGCUCUGGAGCAAGCCCAUGGCUCCACCACUUCUGCAGACUUGGAAGCUUCCUUCUGUUGAGGACCUUUUACAAAAGGUAGAAGACUUCAUGACUUACUUGUUCCAUAACUCCAAGUGAGUCUGUAAUGAUGUUUGUGAAGCUUGACUGUAACAAUAGUUUUGGGUUUUUUUCUUUCUUUAUUUUUAAUUUUUGGUUUAAUUAUGUAAAAACAAAAAAAACAAAAAAAGUUAAAAAACAAACAAAACAAAACAAAACAAAACCCCAACCCUUAUCUGUUCUGGCCAGUGUGUGUGUAACUUUCCAAGAUCUGAGGGGAAAAAUGGCUUUUGGGUUUCUGUUUAAUUUUUUUGAGAAUGACUGGACAUAAGUUAAGAAAACAGAAAAAAAAAAAAACCCUCAGAAAACAAAAGUAAGAGAGACUAUUGCCAUAUGAACUCAGAAGCUACCAUGGUGUUCACUCUACAUAUCAGAUUGUGGUGUCUCUAGAGUCUGUUGUUUGUUUUCUAUAAAAUGCUUUGUUGAAUACAUAGUAAAACCCAUGUGAUGGAUAAUAACAUUGAUUUAAAAAGCUGGUCCCCCAGGAUCUAAUUUCAGAAUUUGCCACCUGAACUCUGAACAGAUGGGUUUAGGGCUGGUUUUAUCAGAGCUAUUGGCUUUACUUAACAAUAGUGCUCCUGUUCAUUAACCCAGCCAAAUUGUGCUAAAACUAAAACACAGCCUUUCCUAGGAAGGGGAAACGGGGGGUGGGCUGGAUCUGUAACUGAUUGAAAUGCAUGCAGAUAAAAAAGAAAAGACAAUACUAAAGUCUGUACAAUAAACAAAACAGUCAAUAGGGGAGUCCAACUUGUGAUGGAACCACAAAAGGUCACACAAGCCAAACAUGUCAUGACCGAGUGCAAAAUACAUAGUUCUUUUCCCACCCCCAACAUGAUAAUGGCUUUUAUAGUGGUUUAAUUUUGUAGCCUGACACUUAUGAAUAACUCUACCCUUCCAUUUGCUCACUUCUCCCUUCACCCAUCUUUUUAAAAAAACAAAUAAAUAAAUAAAUGAAUAAAGCUGCUGUGACACACACAAAAGGAAUUUAAUAGUACUAUAUAUAUAUAAAUAAAUAUAUAUACAGAUAUAUUUAUCAUGGUAUGUUUGAUGGGAUGACUGACACAGGAAAUCUGUUAAAGUCUUGAAGUGGAAUGAGAAUGUUGUUUUAAAAUAAAAUAGCAAAACAACAAAAAAGUGAACCUGAAAAUGUGAAGAAAGUAUGAGUUUUAGUUUUGUCACAGUUAACUGUGUCAAAGAGAAUUAAAAAAAAAUCUUCUCAGAUUUUGUUUACAUAUUUUACUACAUUUUUGCUGGUAUAAUUCCUUAGCCACCUUUGUACAUACUGCUUUAAGAACUGUCCUUUCUUUUCUAUUUGUUUAUCUUGGUUUGGUUUGUAUUCCAGUUGUCUUUUUCCUUCCUUUAUGUAAAGAGGAAACAAUGUACAGAAAAACAAUAAACUGGUUGUAUGGCCAAGCUAUCCAAACAGCAAGAGACAGAGCAAGACAAAUAUUCACAGAAAAAUGAAGUGUGUCCUCUGGAGGGUCAGAUGUAUACAAUUUCUUUUGUACAGAUGAAAAUCAAUCAGCUGUUUAGAUUUAGAAAUCUACUCCUGCUGGUCUUUGUAAGUUGCAUGAAUAUUUGACUUUGAAAAAAUAUCUUAAAGACAUGGGGCAAAAAGCGCAAUCUAAACAAUGGUAGCCUUUACUAAUGUGUUUGGAAAGAGGUUUUCCUCAUUACCUGAUAUUUCAAUGUAUUAAGAGUUUUUAUUUUGCCAUUAAAAAAGACAGAAUUAUAAAGAGAUAUCAAAGCACGAUUUCAGAUAACCUAAAUGGCCCAGCUUAUAUGAAAUUGAUUAUAUCUCGAUGUCUGUAAAAGAUUGCUGUUCUUGGAGUCUUAAGGUCUUGUGAACUGAUUUCCUGCUUUCUUUCUUUACAUUUUUUUAUUUGAGUAAAAAUACAUUUGUUAUAUUCCUUUUAGUGUAAGUUUCUAUUUGGACAAUUUUAUGGGAACAUGUGCAUUCUGUAUGUGAGCUUCUAUCAUAUUCUUGUUGUUUUAUUAGCAGACCCUACAGGAAUUUAUUUUAUGAUGUUGUGACAUUACUGCUUUUUAUUUUUCCUUUUCUCUUUUAUUUCAUAUUUGCAUUUUCGUUCAAGGAUAUGCUUAGCAAUAAAAUGUUCUUCCCAAAAUCUUG